AUGAACCAGGGGCCCGCACUGCGGAUUGUGGUUGGCAACGCCCUUUUGCGACGGAGCCUCGUCUCCCUGGAAUCGCGUGAUGUACUCCAUGAACACGGUGUGGUAGUCCUUGGGCGUCUCGAUCCUGAUUGCCGGGGGGUACGUCGGGAACAUAACAUCAGCCUUGAGUAUGGUGGCAUACACUUCGUCAGUUUUGAACUCCCGGUUCAAGCAGUCGACUAUGUACUCAUCCAUCUCCUGGUGUUCGUACCAGUUGUUAAAAUGUUCUGCAACCUGUUUGUUGCAGAUGUAUAUGCCGGUCCUGCAGAGAUCGUAUCUCAGCGAAAAUCGGGAGCUGUUAUCGCAUCUCCGCAGCCACUCCUUAUCGAUCUCAAGGUCAUCGGCGCCCGGGCCAUAUGCCAAGACUUCGGACUGUUCGCUGAGAAUGAUCAUGCAGUCGUCUGCGGGCUUGCUGAACCUGCACGCUUUAUGAGCUCCGCAUGUCACAUCCCUACCUCUUCUGGCGAUCAUCCUCGAAGUACAGCACGCUCAUAG